AUGCCGCUUUGUCUCUUGGUUCCUUGUUCAGAACCUGCGCUGUUCAAGCGACGCCCCAUCACGUAUGAGAAUAACAAAGAGGGCACUACCCCUACAACAAUAUCCACCAUGUGUAUCGUUAAAUCGACCCCCAGAACCUGCGUCAACUGCGAAGCCGAGGAUCUCGCGCUUAUUGACGAAGACCUAUGCGAAGCCGUCAAGGAGGGCAAGGCCUGUCCGGGGAAGAAAAAGAUUGUGCUCGACAAGGCAUGGCUGUGUCCAGCAUGCCAUGCCAAUACAGCUCGUGGCACGUGCUACACGGAGCCAUAUGACUAUCAACCAAUGAUCCAACAAGAAGUCGCCAAGAAAGAGACUGUUUCCUUCGCGGAUAAGGUCAAGAAGGUGUUUGGCAAGAAGUAG